AUGGCUCAACAUUCUCAUCACGUUCCCAAGUUUGGCAACUGGGACAGUGACAACGUUCCGUACACUGCAUAUUUCGAGCAUGCACGCAGAGAAAAGGGUAGGAUGGUGAUGAUGAAUCCUAAUGACCCAAUGGAAAACCCUGAGGCCUUGAACAACAAGUGCAUGAGAGUUGGUGAAAAUAUGGAUGAUGGGUAUUCCCACAACGGAAAUUCUUUGGAAAAUGGAAGGUUUGGGGCGGUGGGGAACCACACUCAACGGCAUACGCGUGGCAGGAGCAGGGGAAGUGGUGGCUCGACAACAGAUUUUGUGAAUGAACAAAGCCAAUUUGAUGACUCUGUGAGCCAGAGAAGCCCCCGAUCAAAUCACAAGCGGAACAUAUCCAAAGGAGGAAGCAGCACUAAGAGCUUCUCUUCGUCAAGUCAUACUACAAGCAAGAGUAGAAACACUUCCUUUAAUGACCAACCGAACAAUAGAGCACCUGCAAUACCCAAAUUUGGUGCUUGGGAUGUCACAGAUCCCAAUUCAGGAGAGGGUUAUACUGCUAUAUUCAACAAAAUAAAAGAAGAGAGGCAAUUCAAGUCAACCAACAUCACCAAUACUCCAACACUUAACAAAUCAAAUAUUCAGAAUCAGUAUUCAGGAUCUUUCUCCUGGUUUUCUAAGUACUGUUGCUGUGGUUUCCAAGCCAAAACAAAUGAAGGCAGAGUCUAAUGUAAUGUCUCAUUUGCCUCAUUGACUUUGUUUGCCCCCAUUUUUUGAUUCCAUUUAUUUGGGAUUUUCAUCGAAUGUUCUUCAAAUUGUUUCAGUUUGAUAUGUUCGAGCUUUCUGUCAUUCUAAUAUAAUGUAAUA